AUGGCCGAGCAAAACCAACCCAAUACCAAUAUCACCGAUUUUGAGCGGAAUGCUCUUCAACACAUCGUCCAUACCAUCCAACAGUACCGCAUUCUUCUCGCGGGUCGUAUUCACGGGCUCGAAGAGUACCAGGCGCUCCUGGACACCGUGGAGGACAUCUCCGAAGAAGUCAUUCGACUUGGAGAACUUCCAGCAUCCGAAGCGGCUAGAGCCCUCGUGGACCUCUUGUUCGACGAGUUAUUCGAUAUGAUGCAAAUUUUCAUUGAACUUUUGAAUUAA